GAGGGUGUUUAACUGUGUAUUUAGAAAAGAUGCUUAGAGUUAUUUUUCCUUCCUUUUGGAAUCUAAUAAUUAGAAUUUUUUUGAUCUUGUAGUACUGGGAGGCAUAUGCCAUUUAAAAUAAGAGUGAGGGAGGUAGAAUGCACUUUUUACUACGGUACAGCUAGCUUCUGUAAUGUUUUUAUUCUAGUCCAUGCCGUUCUCCUCAGAGGCAGAAAGUGUCCCCUCUGUAGCCCCUGAGCUGGUUAUAUGCUGCCUCUGCUAGGAGUUUGAUCUGAGGUGAGUUUUGUUGGACAAAGGGAACAUGUUUGAACCAACCUAAGAGAGUUACAGUUGUAUUUCCUGCUAUUCCCAUCACCCUCUCUCAGUAUGUUAGAUACAUUUCAAGGCACUUCUCUUUGCAGUGUGAGUGGGGGUUAUCCUUUAAAAGCAGUACAUGCAGUAUAACGGCCUAGAGGGUGUAUAGGCUCAGCAGGAAUAGUGCACUGUAAAUGGUACAGUGUGAAAUGCAUGCAACACGCGGUCAGGGCUACAAAGGCUAAUUAGAGGCCAGUAACUAGUGGUGUACCCUGUGGGUCAAUAUUGACUCUAAUCCCACUCAACAUCAUCAUUAAUCACAGAAGGGCUGAAGUUGGAACUGUGGGAAAUCUCCUUGUACAACUUCCCUGCUAAAGAAGGGUUACCUAAAGCCGCUUGUCCAGGACCACAUCCAGAUGGCCCUUGAAUACUUCCGAGGAGGACAGGAGGCCCCACAACCUGCCUGGGCAACCUAUGCCAGUGCUUAGUCAUCCUUACAGAGCGACAUUUAAAAUGUUAAAGGCAGUUUUAAAAAAGAGCCGAGAGGGUGGAAAAGGGAACAAGAAAGACUCAGCAGGUGACUCCAGCCCAGAAAAUGCCUUGCAGGUUAUAGCAACAUCUGGCCACAAUACAGAUUUUCCCAUUGGCAAUCAGCCAGUCUCCGAGGACACUUAUAGAAUGAACUUGGCUAAAGGAGUCUCAAUGUCACUGCCAUCUUCACCUCUGCUGCCACGCCAGUCCUAUUUGAUGCAGUCAAGAUCAAACAAAAAGUCUCCAGGUCCGAUCAGGAAGCCCAAGUAUGUGGAAAGUCCUAGAGUGCCAGGUGAGGCAGCUCUACCACUGAGGAAAGGAUCGGAGCAAGGAGAACCCAGUCAAAAUGCAAAGCCUGAUAAAGACUCGAGCUGUUCUCCUGCAGCACAAGAAUUGAUGACAAGAUUGGGUUUUUUACUGGGAGAAGGGAUCCCAACUUCUGCUCAUAUAGAAGAAAAAAAUGAAGUCAUGUGUACAGUAGCCAGUCAAGGAGUGAGUCCAUGUUCCACCCUCACAAGCAGCACUACAUCACCUAGCACUGAUAGUCCCUGCUCCACUCUCAAUAGCUGUGUUGGCAAAACAGCCGCUAACAAGGGUAGUCCCUGUGGAACCAUUAGCAGCCCGAGCUCCACGCUGGAGAGCAAAGACAGUGGAAUUAUAGCAACUAUAACAAGUUCAUCAGAAAAUGAUGAUCGUAGUGGAUCCAGUUUGGAAUGGAGCAAGGAUGGGAGUUUCAGAGCUGGAAAACAUCAAGGGAUUAGUCAUGAUCGAAGAACAGAUAACUGUUCACCAGUUGCAGAAGAGGAAGGAGUUGGAUCUGCUGAGAAUUUGCCAAAGGAAGUACCAGCAGGAGAGGGUCCCGUUCCUUAUGCUCAAAAUACUGGCUCUUUAAUAAUGCCUCGUCCAAACUCCGUUGCAGCAACAAGUUCAACCAAACUUGAAGAUCUGAGUUAUUUGGAUGGACAAAGAAAUACUCCUUUACGCACUUCAAUUCGCUUACCUUGGCACAAUACUGCUGGCGGGAGAGUGCAGCAGGAAAGUAAAGUUCUUUUCAUCCCGUAUAAGCCUCAAGACAUUUUGCUGAAGCCACUGUUGUUUGAAGUGCCAAGCAUAACAACAGACUCAGUAUUUGUUGGAAGAGAAUGGCUGUUUCAAGCAGUUGAAGAAAAAUUGAAGAAUACUGAUCCAGCAGAGAUCAGGGGAGCAGUUAUUACUGGAAAUGUGGGAUUUGGGAAGACUGCAGUUAUUUCACGGCUGGUGGCACUGAGCUGCCAUGGAAGUCGCAUGAGGCAAAUAGCUUCAAAUAUCCCUAAUUCAUGCCCCAAAAGUGGUGAUUCCUGUCAGGAGAUUCCCUUAAGUCAGUUAUCCCCAUCUGCUCCUCCAUCAAAUGGUAGCAGUACAAUAAAGACACUGAAUUGUCCUAGUACUCCUGAAUACCAGAAUCAAACAGGUGAUUCUGUGAGACGCCUUGCUUCAAAGGUCGUUGCGUAUCACUACUGUCAAGCUGACAACACAUACACAUGUCUUGUACCAGAAUUCGUCCACAGUGUUGCAGCUUUACUUUGUCGUUCAAAUCAACUAACAGCCUACAGAGAUCUUCUAAUAAAAGAGCCUCACUUACAAAGCAUGCUUAGCCUGAGAUCGUGUGUCCAAGAUCCAGCAGCAGCUUUUAAAAGGGGAGUGUUGGAACCACUUUCAAACCUCAGGAAAGAGCGGAAAAUUCCUGAGGAAGACUACAUAAUUUUGAUAGAUGGUUUAAAUGAUGCUGAAUUUCAUAAACCUGAUUAUGGUGACACAGUUUCUUCAUUUAUCACAAGCAUAAUCUGUAAGUUUCCUCCCUGGCUGAAGCUCAUUGUGACCGUAAGAACUAAUUUCCAGGAAGUAGUAAGUUCACUGCCCUUUAUUGCAAUAUCUCUGGACAAUUUUCCAGAUAACAAAGAAAUUCAUGAUGACUUGAAUGCCUAUAUUCAGUACAGAAUUAAUAACAGCCAGGAAAUUAUAAACAACAUAUCUUUAAAUGGGAAAGCUGAUGCAGCUAUUAUCGGGAAAGUGAGUAACCACCUGAUCAUGAGAAGCCUGGGAUCUUACCUCUAUUUGAAACUCACUCUGGAUCUUUUCCAAAAAGGUCACUUAGUAAUCAAAAGUGCAAGCUACAAGGUUGUUCCAGUGUCUCUAUCAGAGCUGUACUUACUACAGUGCAAUAUGAAGUUCAUGACAAACUCUGCUUUUGAGCGAGCCCUGCCAAUAUUAAAUGUGGCAUUGGCAUCCCUACAUCCCAUGACAGAUGACCAGAUUUUCCAAGCUAUUAAUGCAGGACAAAUAAACGGUGAACAACAGUGGGAAGACUUCAGCCAAAGGAUGGAAGCCCUUUCAUGUUUUCUGAUAAAAAGACGUGACAAAACACGUAUGUUCUGCCAUCCUUCCUUCAGAGAAUGGCUUGUUUGGAGAGCAGAUGGUGAAAAUACUGACUUCUUAUGUGAGCCAAGGAAUGGACAUGCUCUACUGGCUUUCAUGUUUUCUCGACAAGAGGGAAAGUUAAACCGCCAACAAACUAUGGAACUUGGUCAUCAUAUACUUAAAGCUCACAUUUUUAAGGGUCUCAGUAAAAGGACUGGAAUUUCUUCCAGUCAUCUUCAAGCCUUAUGGAUUGGUUAUAGCACUGAUGGACUGUCUGCAGCCCUUGCUUCGCUGAGGAACAUCUAUACCCCCAAUGUGAAGGUGAGUCGACUGCUGAUCUUGGCAGGAGCAAAUGUGAAUUACAGGACUGAAGUAUUAAAUAAUGCUCCAGUGCUGUGUGUUCAGUCGCACCUUGGACAUGAAGAAGUGGUCACUCUUCUACUAGAAUUUGGAGCUGCUAUUGAUGGAACUUCAGAAAAUGGGAUGACAGCACUUAGUUAUGCAGCUGCUGCAGGUCACAUGAACAUAGUUUCACUGCUGUGCAAAAAAGGCGCAAAGGCUGACUAUGUAGACAAGAAGGGCCAGUGUGCUUUGGUCCAUAGUGCACUGAGAGGGCAUCGUGAUAUCCUUGAAUACUUGCUCAAUGUUGCUUGGAUAGCUCCAUCCCAAGAACAAAAUUCAUUAAGAAGAAGCCAGGCACUGCAACAAGCUCUAACAGCAGCUUCCAGUAUGGGACACUGUCAGGUGGUUUGUUACAUCUUGACAAUGGAAAAGGAUCAUGGAAUAGACAUCAAUGACACUGAUGCCUUAUGGGGAGAAACAGCCCUGACAGCUGCUGCAGGAAGAGGGAAACUGGAAGUCUGCGAGUUACUUCUUGAACGUGGAGCCGUUGUGACAAGAGCUAACAGGCGGGGGAUUCCUCCACUCUUCUGUGCAGUGCGACAGGGGCACUGGCAGAUUGCUAAACUUCUAGUGGAGCAUGGGUCUGAUGUGAAUUUAAGCGACAAGCAAGGCCGAACUCCACUUAUGGUGGCUUCUUGUGAAGGACACUUGAGCACUGUGGAAUUUCUGCUUUCUGAAGGUGCAACUAUUUCCUCUCUGGACAAAGAAGGACUGACAGCUUUGAGCUGGGCAUGUCUGAAAGGCCACAGGGAAGUGGUUCAGUAUUUAGUUGAGAAAGGUGCGACAACUGAUCAGACAGACAAAAAUGGACGAACACCCCUAGACCUGGCAGCUUUUUAUGGAGAUGCUGAUAUUGUGCAGUAUUUGGUAGAGAAAGGAGCAAUGAUUGAGCAUGUAGACCACAGCGGCAUGCGGCCACUGGACAGAGCUAUUGGAUGUCGUAACACGUCAGUAGUGGUUAUGCUACUGAGAAAAGGAGCUAAACUAGGAAAUGCAGCAUGGGCAAUGGCCACCUCCAAACCCGAUAUUCUCCUUAUUCUGCUGCAGAAACUGAUGGAAGAAGGAAAUAUACUGUACAAAAAAGGCAAGAUGAAAGAAGCAGCACAGCGCUAUCAGUAUGCCCUGAGGAAGUUUCCGAGGGAAGGAUUUGGAGAAGAAAUGAAAGCAUUCAAUGAGCUGAGAGUUUCAUUAUACCUAAAUUUGUCACGAUGUCGCCGAAAAACAAAUGACUUUGGUAUGGCUGAAGAGUUUGCUACUAAAGCACUGGAUCUGAAACCCAAGUCUUACGAAGCUUAUUAUGCUAGAGCAAGAGCCAAGAGGAACAGCAGAAAGCUACUUGCUGCUCUUGCUGACUUACGUGAAGCCACACAGCUGUGUCCCAGCAAUCAAGAGAUAAAACGUCUCCUGGCUCGAGUAGAAGAGGAAUGCAAACAGUUCCAGAGGACACAGCAACAGAAGCAUCAGUCUCCACAGCUACCACAGCAAACUAACAACUCUGAUAAUGAGGAGGAGGGCAUUAUACAUGGUGUGAAUGAUAAUUUUAAUCUUCAAGACAGGGAGGAUGAACUGCCACACCCUGAGGAAUCUGUUUCCUGUUCACAAAGGCUGCAGUGUUCCUUAACUGCUUCGUCGUACAGCAGGACCCUUCAAGAAGGUGUUCAGCAGAAAGCUAGAUCUGCGUCCCCUCAAAGCAGAACAGGCAAUAAAUACCUGAGAGAGCCAGGCUUGAUCAUGCAGCCAACAAAGCAGGCACAGAUUGUGAAAACUAAUCAGCACCUGAGCUCCAUCCAGCCCGGACCAAAACCAGGAAGCAGUCCAUGUACUGCAAAGACACAAUCAUCUUUUCAGCAUCUUCCUCAAAGUCCCUUGCCAGUCCGGCACUGUAAAAUUCAGCAUCUGGAUGGGACAAGCACAUUAUCAUCCGGAAGCGUUUCCGCAGGUCCUAGUUCUGAACUGUACAAUGAGAAGUUUGUGUCUAGCCAGUGUUCCCACUCACAGCAUAAUGAGAAUCUCUCUUCACAUUCUUUUGCAAGUAAGUCUAAAACCACCGACAGGUUGACAGCGCCUACUCCAAUGAAUUUCAGUGAAGCAAGGCAGCAAAGUCCUGUCCCCUGUAGUUCUCCAGCUGGUAGUAUGAUUCUCGCCAGCUCAACCAGCAGCUUAACUUCAGCCAGUAGUUUUUCAGAUAGUAUUAAGGGGCUAGGCCCAGACGUUCGACUCAAGGAGAGUAACGUUCAUCAAGUUCAGGGUACUGCUGAACACAGACCUCGCAAUACGCCAUUUAUGGGGAUCAUGGAUAAGACUGCAAGGUUUCAGCAGCAGAAUACUCAGUCCAGUCGUACUUGGCACUCUCAGGCAUCGGAGGGAUUAUCAACACAUGUUGCUUCUGGGGGUGUUCAGCCCUCCAAUUUUGAGCAGUUCUCAGUCAAGCACUACCAAACUAAAAUCUCCUCUACUGGUGCUGCCCCAGGCGACAGCAGCCAGAACGGUCUGCAAGCUAAAGACCGCGAGGAGCUCAAGUGCCAAAUGUCAACCCACUGUCAAGACAGCAGAUCACCUAAACAGGCACCGCAUUUAUACCCAGAUGCGGUAGCAAACCCACAGCCUCACAGCAGUAAGGAAAGCCAUCUGAGUCAUGGCACGGCUGCAAAACCAAAGCGAUCAUUCAUUGAAUCAAAUGUAUAAAUAUUACUGUGUAUAUUUACAGGCUUGUAAAACUUGGCUCAUGACAUUAUAGGGUAUUACUUCUGUAAAAGUACUGAUGGCUGGUCACUUGUGAGUAUGCAGUCCAUGCUGGCCAGUACUCAAUGGGCUACAACCGCUUCAAACUGGUCCUACCAUCACAGGACAGUUACAGGAACUGGAAUAGCAAACCUGUGUGAGAAGAGUCCGUGAAGAUCACCAACCCACCGCGCUAGGCCCUCACGCAGAGAAAGCCUUUCCAUCCUAUUUUACCAUCAAGUAAGACUUUCCUUUUACAUAGGGCUUUAAUGUCUGGUUAUAUUACAUCUCACCACUUACAUAAUAAUCGUGCCUCUCUAAUGCUUAAGUGCUUACUUCUCAAAACAGUGUUAAGAAAGAUAACCUGCUGCAUAAUACUCAGAUCUGUAUAUGUAUGCUUUUUUUUAAAAUCAAAGAUAGUAUUUUAUCACUUUUCUAGUGGGAUCUAAUUUGGGUUGCAUGAUGUACAUUUAGGAAGCAUAAAUAAUUUGUGUCUGAGUACAAUAUAAGCAGCCAUGUUUGGACAUGUAAAUAUAAAUAUUUUUAGUAACUAGAACUCAACUAAGAUAAACAGCGACAUUUGCAUGUGUAUUGAAAGGCUUUGACCAUAUUGGUUAUUGCACUGAAGAACACAAUAUUAUGGCAUAUUAACAAUAAUCGCACUUUAUAUAGUUUAUCUAAUCACCUUUGGGUGCUAUCUUAAAGCAAGAUGAUUUAUUGUUUAUUGUGGAAAAAGGUACAGCGGUGAAAUCUUUAGGAAUUGUUUUUAUGGGAAACCCAAGAAAUUGAUGAAGAUGAAAGUUUGAGGAAAAGCGUACGUGCAGCUGUGUGCCAGGAUGAAGUUGUGAAGUUUCUCAGAGGAAAUUCGGUUUUAUAGUGGUGAGAGGAGCUGUAGUGCCAUCCCCACAGUGCAGGGAGGUUGGAGUGGUCAAUGUGACAGGCACAGUUCACAUCCUGGUUGUGGACAGUGUUGGACAUUGUAAACAGCCGUACCCCCUUUUACAACUUCUUUUUGAGUUUGCAUCAUUAUGCUUUAGCUUAUUUAUUGCUUACUGUUUCUUUGAUAUUUUGUACAACUCCUUAUAUUAGUCUUGUCCUGUAGUUCUAUUUUUGCACAGCUACUGUAUUUUUUCCAUAGAAAAUAAAGAUUAUUAAUACACCUGUGCGAGGAGAUGCAGUCCCUGAUGGUUACAGAGGAAACUCUCUCCAGCUUUUUUCCAGGAAUAGGGAACAGACAAAGGCUCAUUUUUGGUUUUUAAAUUAGAAAAAGAAAUACAGACUGUAUACUCUUCUAUUUCUUACCUUCUGCAAGACUAACUUGGCAAAAUCAAGGCCCAAAACUCAUAAAAGUGGUGAAAACUUUAAGAAAACUUUAUUUGAAAAACAGAAAUGCCACAAAGUAAAAUUACCAAUAACUUAGAAGUUUUUCAGUCAUUUUCUGGGCAUUUCCAACAGUGAAGAUUUUCUUUCUAACAAACAUUUAAAUGACAGCCACAGCUGAGAAAAGCAGCACUAUUUUUUCCCCCCAGUUGUUUCUGAUGCAGUUAUUUCUUUUAGCUACAUAUAAUUUCAUCUCAACUGAUUUGAACAAAUGACUUCAGAGCUUGGUGGUUUACACAUGUUUCUGCUGCGUCUCCAGCCAGCGGCUGAUUGCCAUUUUUAGUGUCCUGUUUGGUGUAAGCAUAGGAGAGGGGAGAGGAAGAUUGGUCAUGGGACUAGAUCGUCUCUUACUGUUGAUCCAGUUUUCUAUUGCUUCCUUUUCAUAGGAAUAGCCAUCUACAAAGAAACCAUCAUGAAAAGCUGGUAUUACAGAUGCUUGGGCACUGUUACAUGGUACAGAUUUUCACUAUUUAAAUUUAAAAGGGGUGUAAGGGAAUCAGUAUUUCCAAACAGGAAAAUUGAGAUACAGAAAAAUUACAUGGUUUGUGAAAGCUUUACAAUAGACUGUAUUUGUUUCAAAUUACAUAGUUAAAUGUAUUACAAUAAAACUUUAUACCGCAGUAUUAAGAUCAAAAUUUGAUUCAACUUUUUAAAUGACACUGUAUUCAGCAAACUAACAAGUACAAGCUCUUUGAGAAAGCACUGCAAAUAUAUCAGCCAGAUACAGCUCCAUCAGUUCACAGAUGCCGCUAAAGCAGCGUAUGGGUGAGAGAUUCUUGUAGCUGGGCCUGAACCUUCCUCCAAAGAGCCAGGUCUGGCUGUGAGCACGGGGUGGGGGCAACAAGGACACACAAAACGUCAACUCUCUUUUCUGAACUGGUACACUGAUGUUUUGCUGCUGUGGUGAUUUGGGCUGCUCGUGGGCAGCAGAGGCAAAUCCACCAUCCACAACUGCUAAACUGGCCCUUUCCCACCCAAGGGAGUGUCUCUGACAAGAUCAUGGAAUCCAGCCAUGCCUGUGCAUGAAUUUGUGACUAAGGUACACAAGUGAUAAACAGGGUGCAGUUACAUAAAGGCUUCCUGUGUCCUUAUUUGCAGUUAAGGAAUUAUAGACAGUAUGGAUAAAGUUCAUUAAAAGGCUAUAAAAAUAGCAUCAGAGCUGCCUGCAAAGGGUCCCGUGCCUGUAGCCACACAUGUGUAAGUGAGAAGCACCGCAAUAGUGAGGUGAGUAGCCAGAAACCUGCACUGGCAGUCAAUGUGUGUAACACUAGGGCUUGCUCAGCUCCUCU